ACCUUCUGCUCACAACCACGCAGGAGAGCAGUCUAGUUCACGUGGUAGAGAAGACAACCCAAAAAUGGCUUCAUCGCUAUCGUACGCUGCUGCCAUUUCCAGACCACCUUCUUCACCUUCGCCAAAUCUAAGAACUCUCUUCCCUUCUGGUAUUGGUUCGCGUGCCUCAAACCCCAUUUCUCACACCAAUCGCUUUUUGAGGUUUGGUGUCAAAUGCAGUUAUGCUGAUGCAGGCAUAAAGGACACCAAUUCCAGGACAAUAGAUGUUGAAGCAGAUAUUAAAGCUGAGAGGCUUGUGGUGUUGGGAGGCAGUGGUUUUGUUGGUUCAGCUAUAUGCAAGGCUGCAGUAUCCAGGGGUAUAGAAGUCAUAAGCUUAAGCAGGUCAGGAAGGCCAACUUCCUUGAACUCAUGGGAGGAUCAAGUGACUUGGAUUACGGGAGAUGUUUUCUAUGUAAAUUGGGAUGAAGUACUUCCUGGUGCUACAGCAGUGAUUUCAACCCUUGGAGGAUUCGGUAGUGAAGAACAAAUGCAAAGAAUUAAUGGUGAAGCAAAUAUCAUUUCAGUAACUGCAGCCAAAGAAUAUGGGAUUCCAAAGUUCAUCUUGAUCUCAGUGCAUGACUACAACAUACCGUCUUUUUUACUCACAUCUGGAUACUUCACGGGAAAGCGAAAAGCCGAAUCUGAAGUCCUCUCGAAAUACCCGAGUUCCGGUGUGAUAUUAAGACCUGGAUUUAUAUAUGGGAAAAGGAAAGUUGGGAAUUAUGAAAUCCCAUUGGAUUUGAUAGGGGAGCCAGUUGAAAGACUUCUGAAUGCCACUGCGAGUUUUACUAAACCUCUGAAUGCUUUGCCUGCUUCUGAUUUGAUUUUGGCGCCUCCUGUUAGUGUUGAUGACGUGGCACUUGCUGCUGUAAAUGCAGCCAAAGAUGAUGAUUGUUUUGGUGUCUUUACAAUCAAUCAAAUUAAAGAAGCUGCUUCUGGUGCUAAAGUGUGA